AUGAGUCAAUUUAAUAAUUUGUCCACUUCGGAGAUAUCCAACAUUGUCCAGAGUUCUGGAACCAAAUCAUUAGUGUUCGCCUAUGAUGGUACAAGAAGGAGUCAUCUGAUAAAAGAGGUUUUAAACUCUGAUAAGAGUGAAGAUGAUACUAAAUUAUCAAUUAAUUGGGAUGGAUAUUCCGUAGAGUCAUUCAAGGUGAUGUUGGAACAUACUGUAAUGAUGAUGAAUCAUGGUAUUCAUACUGUAUUGUAUCCAAUGUGGUUCCCUACUCUUGCCAAGCGUGGUACAGAGUACUAUCCAAAGUUUAUCAAAUAUCUUUGGGGACUGGAUUGCCUUACCAAGGACUCGCAGCUCCGCGAUGCCUUUGAAUCAAUGGGUAUCCGUAUAGUAUUUUAUGGAGAAUGGCGCGAGUUUUGCCAAUUUGACAAUGAUCAAGACUUGGAGAAAUUGAUGGAGAAGCUAAUGACCGAGUCUGCACACCGUACCAAGCACAUCCUACUCUUUGGUACCAGUAUCACCUCACCAACCGAAGUAAUUGGUCGACUCUCAGUUGAAUAUUAUAUCAAACAUAACAAAUUGCCAACAAAGAAUGAUAUGAUUGAACAAUAUUAUGGAGUACCAGUUAGUGAUAUUGAUUUAUAUAUUGGAUUCGAUAGACCUGUAACUGAUGGUAGACCACCUAUUAUUAGUGAGGAUGGCGCUGAAGACCUCUACUUUACAAUUUCACCUCAUAGUUACUUCAAUGAGACUCAGUUCCGAACAAUAUUGUACGAUCAUAUAUUUUCAAGAUCAGUGGUCAAUUCCAAAGAGUAUGAUCUCACUUUCAGCGAUGUUAGAAAGAUGCAUGGAUUCUACAAUCGCAACAAGAAUGCCACUUUGGGUGUUGGUGAAGUUCAGACCAAUGGCCAAUAUUGGUAUCCAUCACCUCAGGUCAAUGUACCGAAUGGAUUCCAACCCGUACAACCAACCCUGAAGACACCACUGAGCAACUCAUCCAUGAUCAAGAAGAAGGCUCAAUCACAUCAUCGCAGUGGAUUCCUCGAGAAUCUCAAGUUAUUAUUGGGUCCAUCAUCAUCCAAACCCAAACCAUCCAAGCGCGCG